AUGGACAUGAUUUAAUCACGGAAAAGUAUGAAACGAGUGCGUUUAGUUUGAAAUCGACGGCGAUGAUUUCAUAUAAAACAUAAUGUAUUAAUAUUUAAUACACUAUUGUGCACGACACAUUUGAAAAAUAAAAUCAUGCGGGAACGGAAUUCUCGGCUUUUGACGUUAGUCUCAGAAAAUAGAUAGUGGCUGAAAAUGAAUUCGAUCGAAGGCUCCGAAACCGGCUAUAAUUUGCCGACAGGAAGUUGUCUGAUGAUGGUCAGAAAUUUAGUGUCUCAAUUCAAUGACUUGUUCAGCGAUUUCAAUCGCUAUAUUUCCCCAGCCUAUCAUCACGAUAGGUGUGAACGGUGAGUUAUUAUUAUUAUAUCCGUGCAAAAUCGAAUAACAUAUUAUCUAUCUAUUAAGUAAAUAUUUUUUAAUUACAGUUCUGUACAUAUGCGUUUGUAUUCAAUGAACAAACGAGAAUUCGUAAUGGUGUUCAUCAUUCUGUUGACAGCAAUGGGAUUAGUUUUGUUCAUUGGAUUAACAGGUAUAAGUAUUUAACUAGGUACCUGCCUAUACAAACAUUAUUAUACGGUUGAAUUUAAUACAAUUGUCUGAAAAUAAUAAAUAUUUAUUUUAGGACCACCAAUCACACUGACGAGUAAAAUAAGUGGAGUUGAAGUAUUAAAACAUACCAACGGAUCAUUGCCACAGGGUCCAUAUGUAAUGAAGACUCCCAGUCUGACUGUCUACAACCAAAGACUGUGGCUAAUUGCAGUUGUACAAACAGACAAUAAGGAUGGUAAGUAUAACCCAAAAAUAUACCAAUGUAAUCUGAUUUACUUUGCAAAUCAUAACAUUGUCAUGGUAACAGAUGAAACGUACGAUAAAAGUUUUAAGAUCAGUAUGUCCAUAAAAGGAAUCACUCCACAACAUAAGACCACAGACAUAGUAAAAGUUUUUAAGAACAACAGGUGAUGUGGUAUAUUAAAAACUAUUCAUAUGUACAUAAUAGUUACCUAAUAUUAAUUAAAUUGAUAUUUAUUUUACACAGGACAAGGCAUUUACACUGCAAACAACAAUUAUGUAGCCAAGUGCCAAUAGCGCAUAUUGGGUACAUACAUUAUACUCAUUACACAUUUAAGGUUGAUUUUUAUAAUUUAGAAACAUUUCAUCAAAAAUACCUAGUAAAAGAAGUUAUAUUUUAUGUAAGUGUGUAAAUAAUUUUUAUUUAGCCAAUUUGGGUAUAAUAUUGAUAAAAUUAAAUUAUAUUUUUGUGUAUUAGUAUAAAUCAUAUAAUCCAGGAUACACUCAAAUGGAGAUUUGGUUUAGACUAAUCUAUUUGCUAAGUGCUUUCGGGGUACUUGUGAGUAUGAUGAAUUUAUUUUAAUAAUUGGUAAAAAUAUCUAUGUAUCUAUGUAUUAUAUAAAAAAAAACACAAAUUUUCAGUGCGGUUUUGCAAAUUCACUAAGGAAAUUCCCAGUUACUGAUUGGUCCUAUGAACAAAAAUGGACUAUUGUUUUAUUGCCAUUAUUACUAUUAUUUAAUGGUAAGUAUUCAUGUCAAUAAUUUAAUAGAAAAUAAUAUAGUAAAUUUGGGAGUAAAAAAAAUUUUUUUUUUAAGAUCCAAUUUUUCCUUUAAUGCUUCUCACAAGCAAUCAAAUUAUUGGUAUGUUAGAUGGUGUCUUCCAAGUGACAUUCGUGUGUACCAUUUUAUUGUUUUGGCUUUCAAUUUAUCACGGACUCCGUCAAGUAAAUAAUUUUUAUAAUUUUUACAAUAUAAAUAUAAAUUUUAAAUACUAACCACUAAUUUAUUAAAACAGAAUGAAAGAAAACCAAUGGCAUUUUAUCUUCCUAAAGUAAUUUUAGUGAGUCCAUUUUGGUUAUGUGGAGUUGUAAUGGCCAAAUAUCGUCGGAUGAAUGAAUUUGAGGAUCCAGCAUUUAGUUACGAGGUUGAUUCUAAUGCAUAUGGUGUAAGAAUACUACAAAAUAAUUACUUGUUACAUUACAUUAUGUUACAAAAUAUUAAUUUGUUUAAUUUGUUUUAGAAUAUCAAAUCUAUUGUAGGUAUUUUUUCCAUUAUAUAUAUAAUAUACCUAGUUUGUUUGAUCUUGAGAGCAUACAGUGACUUACGUUCUAUGCCAUAUUUUGGUUAGUACCUGUAUGGAAAUAAAAUAAACUGCAUUACUUAUUAAUUUAACUUAAUUAUUUUGUUAGACGCUAGACUGAAAUUUGUAACUAUUUCAAUGAUCAUCUCACUUAUAAUAUGUUCGACCAUUACUCAUAUGCAAUAUGGGCUUGGGUUGAUUGAAGACUCUUUUGCUGCCGAUUUGAAUACCAAAUAUAUGACUUCAGCAUUAUUCAUGGCAUUUUAUGGUAUUUGUAAUUUCUAUGUGUUUACUUUGGCUGCUGUUUACGCACCAACAAAAAAACCAGGAUUUGGUAAUUAUUAUUAUAAAAAAAUAUAUGAAUACCUGGCUUGUAAAUGCUAAUUUUAUUAUUUUCCAAACUAUUUAGAAUCUACAGUAACAAAAGAUAAUCCAGCAUUUUCAAUGGUUAAUGAUUCGGAAGAAGAUAUACCAUAUGGUUCAGACGAAGAAAGCCAUAAACCACUAAACCCCCCUAAUGAUGAUAGUGAUUAAUGGUGUUCCUCUAGUUUAUAUGUAUAUACUCUAUAUACUCUACUAGGUUUUAUUUAAAUAUUUGGCAUAUUUAAUAAAUACUUUUAAACUUGUUUUUAAAUUAAAUUAUUAUGUAUAUAUUUUUUUUUGUUACAAUUUGUACUACUUAACUUCUAUGCAAUGUCAAAAUAACCAAACAAUUAUUAAUAUGACAAUAAUAAUAUUAACAACAAUAAAAAAAAAUAUAACAAGAACACGAAGAUUAUUGUUGGCUAACACUUGAGAUAAUUACAGUAAAAAAUUGAUUUAUUAUAACGGCAAUAAUAAAUUAAAUCAUCCAAAAAUGAUGUUCAAGUAAUGGUUAGAUUUGGUAAAACAUGCAAAGUACUGAAAGGUUGAAAAUACUAUUAAGUAAAUUAAGUUAUGAUUAUUUAAUGUUGAACAUUACUUAAAAAUUAAAUUACCCAAAUUAAUAUCAGUUGUUUGGAUAAACUAUUGUCAUAAAAUAGAAAUAAUUAAUUUAACUAUAUCAAUGAUAUAAAGGUUAAAUAAUAAAAAUUUUAAAAAAGAUUUAUUAACAAAAAUUUGGAAUCAAUGAUAUAAAAAAUACUAUAUAAAUAAUAUAAAUACGAUUAUCUAUUUUAAACAAGUAUGUUUACUAACAUAGAGAAGUAUUAAUUGGACAUUUAUUUAUCGGAAUAAAUUUUAAGUAAAAUCUCUUAUAAUUUGUAACUUUCAAUCAUUGCACAUCAUAUAUAUAUAUAUUAAAUUAUAUUUAUUAAUUGCUGUAUGAUGUCAAAAUAAAUAGUGAUUUAUUCAUACUGUGUAAGUUAAGGUGUGAAAUUAGAGGUUCAAGAUAAAAUGGUUAUAACCUACAUUUAAAUCCAAUUAAAUACAAUUUGUAUUAAAUAUAAAUUUAGAAUAAUAACUAGAUAUAUGAAAAAUAUGUUUAUUAAUUAAUUUGAUAUUCUUACUCAAAUAUUUGAACUUAAAAAAAAAGUUUUAAGUUUAUAUAAAUAGAUAUAUUAUCAAAUAAUUAUGAUGUCUGAACAUUUACAAGGUUUGAAUUAAAUGUAAACAAAUAUUGUAUAAAAAAAAAUUGUCAAGCUUUACAAGCUUUACUUAGGUUUUUAAUUUUGAUAUCCAAGUUUAGGUAUUAGUAGAAAAUUUGGUUGUUAUUUUCUUUCGCCGUCUUCUGUUAUAUUAAACUUAUUCAACAACCUUAACAUAUGAACAAUUUAUAAGUUUAUGAAAAUAAACAAAAACGACAUUUUUAACUAUAAAUAUUUACAUAAGAGUACUCUUAAAAGAUCCGUUUUGAAAACCAUAUUUAAAUCCAUCUUUAUACCCGUUAUCAAAUCCCAUUUGAAACAUCACAUCAGAUUUAUGUUCUGUAGAAGUAGCUCCUUCCCGAAACGAUGU